AUGGAUACGCGGUUUCCGUUCUCUCCGGCCGAGGUCUCCAAGGUCCGGGUGGUCCAGUUUGGCAUCCUCAGCCCCGAUGAGAUCAGGCAAAUGUCAGUCAUACACGUUGAACAUAGUGAGACCACCGAGAAGGGUAAACCCAAGGUGGGAGGAUUGAGCGAUAUUCGGCUUGGUACGAUUGAUCGGAAGGUGAAGUGUGAGACAUGUAUGGCUAACAUGGCUGAGUGUCCCGGGCAUUUUGGCCAUCUUGAGCUCGCUAAGCCAAUGUAUCAUGUCGGUUUUAUGAAGACUGUGCUGAGUAUUAUGCGAUGUGUUUGCUUCAACUGCUCCAAGAUUUUAGCUGAUGAGGACGAGCAUAAGUUUAAGCAGGCCAUGAAGAUAAAGAAUCCCAAGAAUAGGCUUAAGAAGAUUCUGGAUGCCUGCAAAAACAAGACCAAAUGUGAGGGUGGUGAUGAGAUUGAGGAUGUCCAAAACCAAGACACAGACGAACCAGUAAAAAAAAGCCGUGGUGGAUGUGGUGCACAACAACCAAAGCUGACUAUUGAGGGUAUGAAGAUGAUUGCAGAGUAUAAAAUCACAAGGAAGAAAAGCGAUGAGCAGGACCAGCUUCCGGAGCCCGCAGAAAGGAAACAGACACUUGGUGCUGAUAGGGUCUUGAGUGUUUUAAAGAGGAUUAGUGAUGCGGAUUGUCAACUCUUAGGGUUCAACCCUAAGUAUGCUCGUCCUGACUGGAUGAUUCUAGAAGUCCUUCCUAUUCCUCCACCCCCUGUCAGACCAUCUGUAAUGAUGGACGCCACUUCCAGAAGCGAGGCAAGUCAGACUUUUGAUGACUUGACUCAUCAACUGGCCAUGAUUAUUCGGCACAAUGAAAACUUGAAAAGACAGGAAAAAAAUGGAGCACCAGCUCAUAUUAUAUCAGAGUUCACACAACUCUUGCAGUUUCAUAUAGCUACUUAUUUUGAUAACGAGUUGCCUGGACAGCCAAGGGCUACCCAGAAAUCAGGGAGGCCUAUUAAAUCAAUAUGUAGUAGGCUGAAGGCGAAGGAAGGUAGAAUCAGGGGAAAUUUGAUGGGAAAACGAGUUGAUUUCUCGGCACGUACUGUUAUUACACCAGACCCAACUAUAAAUAUCGAUGAACUUGGUGUACCGUGGAGCAUUGCCCUGAAUCUCACAUACCCAGAAACAGUUACUCCAUAUAACAUUGAAAGAUUGAAAGAGCUCGUUGAUUAUGGGCCACAUCCUCCACCUGGCAAGACUGGGGCGAAAUAUAUCAUUAGGGAUGAUGGCCAAAGACUAGAUCUCCGGUACCUUAAGAAGAGCAGUGAUCAUCAUUUGGAACUUGGAUACAAAGUGGAGCGGCACUUGAUUGAUGGUGAUUUUGUUCUGUUUAAUCGUCAACCAAGUCUGCACAAAAUGUCUAUCAUGGGUCACAGGAUUAGGAUUAUGCCAUAUUCCACUUUCCGUCUGAAUUUGUCUGUCACGUCACCUUACAAUGCUGAUUUUGAUGGGGAUGAGAUGAACAUGCAUGUACCACAAUCAUUUGAGACCAGAGCCGAGGUGUUAGAGCUGAUGAUGGUUCCUAAAUGUAUCGUUUCUCCCCAGGCGAAUCGGCCUGUCAUGGGUAUUGUGCAGGAUACCCUUCUUGGAUGUCGUAAAAUUACAAAGAGAGAUACCUUCAUAGAGAAGGAUGUAUUCAUGAAUACCCUUAUGUGGUGGGAAGACUUUGACGGGAAAGUUCCAGCUCCUGCAAUUUUGAAGCCACGCCCUCUUUGGACUGGCAAGCAAGUUUUUAAUCUUAUCAUACCAAAGCAGAUAAAUCUGUUCAGGUACUCUGCUUGGCACUCAGACCAAGAGACUGGAUUCAUAACUCCGGGGGAUACUCAAGUGCGAAUUGAAAGAGGAGAGCUUCUUGCCGGAACUCUCUGCAAAAAGACCCUUGGUACCGGAAAUGGAAGUCUCGUGCAUGUCAUUUGGGAAGAGGUUGGUCCUGAUGCAGCUAGGAAAUUCCUCGGUCAUACUCAAUGGCUUGUCAAUUACUGGCUUCUGCAGAAUGGUUUUACCAUUGGAAUUGGUGACACAAUUGCUGAUUCAUCGACAAUGGAGAAGAUUAAUGAAACUAUUUCUAAUGCAAAAACUGCCGUGAAAGACCUUAUCCGACAGUUCCAGGAAAAGAAAUUGGAUCCUGAACCUGGGCGAACUAUGACGGAGACAUUUGAGAACAGGGUUAACCAGGUCUUGAAUAAAGCUCGUGACGAUGCUGGAAGUAGUGCCCAAAAGAGUUUAGCAGAAACCAAUAACCUUAAGGCUAUGGUGACAGCAGGAUCCAAAGGAAGUUUCAUUAAUAUUUCUCAAAUGACUGCGUGUGUCGGUCAGCAAAAUGUUGAAGGGAAGCGGAUCCCUUUUGGAUUUGAUGGGCGGACAUUGCCGCAUUUCACCAAAGAUGAUUAUGGUCCUGAAAGUCGUGGAUUUGUCGAGAAUUCUUACUUACGUGGGUUGACUCCUCAAGAGUUCUUUUUCCACGCAAUGGGAGGAAGGGAAGGUCUUAUCGAUACUGCUGUGAAGACAUCAGAAACUGGAUACAUUCAGAGGCGAUUGGUUAAGGCUAUGGAGGAUAUUAUGGUUAAAUAUGAUGGGACAGUCAGAAACUCGUUGGGUGAUGUUAUUCAAUUUCUCUAUGGGGAAGAUGGUAUGGAUGCUGUAUGGAUAGAAUCCCAGAAGCUGGAUUCCUUGAAAAUGAAGAAAUCAGAGUUCGAUAGGACCUUCAAGUAUGAGAUUGAUGACGAAAACUGGAAUCCUACAUACCUAAGUGAUGAACAUCUUGAGGACUUAAAAGGGAUCCGGGAGUUGCGUGAUGUAUUCGAUGCGGAAUAUCAGAAACUUGAGGCUGAUAGAUACCAACUCGGGACUGAAAUUGCAACAAAUGGUGAUAGCACUUGGCCAUUGCCUGUUAACAUCAAGAGGCAUAUCUGGAAUGCCCAGAAGACUUUCAAGAUUGACUUGCGCAAGAUUUCAGAUAUGCACCCUGUUGAAAUUGUUGAUGCCGUUGAUAAACUACAGGAGAGGCUGUUGGUUGUUCCUGGUGAUGAUGCGUUGAGUGUAGAAGCACAGAAGAAUGCCACACUGUUCUUUAACAUUUUGCUUCGCAGUACUCUUGCUAGUAAAAGAGUUUUGGAGGAAUACAAGCUCAGCCGCGAGGCCUUUGAGUGGGUCAUUGGUGAGAUUGAAUCGAGAUUUUUACAAUCGCUAGUAGCCCCGGGGGAAAUGAUCGGUUGUGUUGCUGCUCAAUCAAUUGGAGAGCCUGCUACGCAGAUGACUCUGAACACCUUCCAUUAUGCUGGAGUCAGUGCGAAGAAUGUUACACUCGGUGUUCCCAGGUUGCGAGAAAUUAUCAAUGUAGCAAAAAGGAUCAAAACACCUUCCUUAUCUGUCUACCUCACACCGGAAGCAAGCAAAUCAAAAGAGGGGGCUAAGACUGUUCAGUGUGCUUUGGAGUAUACUACUCUCAGGAGUGUCACUCAAGCUACGGAGGUCUGGUAUGACCCAGAUCCGAUGAGUACCAUCAUUGAAGAAGAUUUUGAAUUUGUGAGGUCCUACUAUGAAAUGCCAGAUGAAGAUGUUUCUCCGGAUAAAAUAUCUCCAUGGCUGCUUCGUAUAGAGUUGAAUCGUGAGAUGAUGGUUGAUAAGAAAUUGAGUAUGGCGGAUAUUGCGGAGAAGAUAAAUCUUGAGUUUGAUGAUGACCUGACCUGCAUAUUCAAUGAUGACAAUUCUCAAAAACUGAUCCUUCGAAUCCGCAUUAUGAAUGACGAGGGAGCAAAGGGAGAAGCACAAGAUGAAUCAGCUGAAGAUGAUGUUUUCCUUAAAAAGAUUGAGAGCAACAUGCUGACAGAAAUGGCGCUCAGGGGUAUUCCAGACAUCAACAAGGUUUUCAUUAAGCAGGUCAGAAAAAGCAGAUUUGAUGAGGAGGGAGGAUUCAAGACAUCUGAGGAGUGGAUGUUGGAUACAGAAGGUGUUAACCUCUUAGCUGUUAUGUGCCAUGAAGAUGUGGAUCCAAAGAGGACAACUAGCAAUCACUUGAUUGAAAUUAUUGAAGUUCUCGGAAUUGAGGCAGUUCGUCGCGCUUUGUUGGAUGAACUGCGUGUUGUGAUUUCCUUUGAUGGUUCCUAUGUGAAUUACCGUCAUCUUGCCAUCUUGUGUGACACCAUGACCUAUCGUGGUCAUCUAAUGGCUAUCACUCGACAUGGUAUCAACAGAAAUGACACUGGGCCUCUGAUGAGAUGUUCCUUUGAAGAAACAGUUGAUAUUCUGUUGGAUGCUGCAGCUUAUGCUGAGACGGACUGCUUACGGGGUGUUACAGAGAAUAUAAUGCUUGGUCAGCUUGCACCAAUCGGGACUGGAGAUUGUGAGCUGUAUCUGAAUGAUGAGAUGCUGAAGAAUGCUAUUGAACUUCAACUCCCUAGCUAUAUGGAUGGUGUAGAGUUUAAUAUGACUCCUGCUCGUUCACCAAUGUCAGGCACUCCUUACCAUGAAGGCAUGAUGUCCCCGAACUACCUCUUGAGUCCAAAUAUGCGUUUGUCUCCAAUGUCAGAUGCACAGUUCUCUCCAUAUGUUGGUGGGAUGGCUUUUUCGCCAACUUUAUCUCCAGGCUACGCAUCAUCCCCUGGAUACAGUCCAACUUCCCCCGGUUACAGUCCCACGUCACCUGGAUAUAGCCCGACUUCUCCCGGCUACAGUCCCACUUCACCGACCUACAGUCCCAGUUCUCCUGGUUAUAGCCCAACUAGCCCUGCUUAUUCUCCUACAAGUCCUUCCUACUCUCCCACCUCCCCUAGCUAUAGCCCAACUUCCCCAAGCUACAGCCCGACAUCCCCGAGCUACAGCCCCACAUCCCCAAGCUACAGCCCGACAUCUCCAAGUUACAGUCCAACUUCGCCUGCUUACAGCCCGACUUCGCCCGCGUAUAGCCCGACUUCACCUGCAUACAGCCCGACCUCUCCUUCUUACAGCCCAACUUCACCAUCCUACAGCCCAACAUCGCCUUCUUACAGCCCUACUUCACCAUCCUACAGCCCGACCUCUCCUUCUUACAGUCCUACUUCACCCGCAUACAGCCCUACAUCUCCUGGCUACAGCCCAACAUCACCAAGCUACAGUCCAACAUCUCCUAGCUAUGGUCCUACGUCUCCAAGCUACAACCCUCAAUCUGCUAAGUACAGCCCGUCUCUGGCUUACUCUCCUAGCAAUGCAAGACUAUCACCAGCUAGCCCCUACAGUCCUACAUCUCCAAAUUACAGCCCGACAUCACCAUCCUACUCACCCACAUCUCCAUCUUAUUCACCUUCAAGUCCAACAUACAGUCCUAGCAGCCCAUACAGCUCAGGAGCAAGCCCUGACUACAGCCCAAGCGCAGGUUACUCGCCAACACUUCCUGGUUAUUCACCGUCAUCUACGGGUCAGUAUACACCUCAUGAGGGUGAUAAAAAUGACAAGAGUGGAAAAGAUGCCAGUAAGGAUGAUAAAAGCAACCCUUGA